GCGCAGGGCGCGCCCAUGCCGCCGCCUGCCCGCGCGCAUUGUCGCGUGUUCGUGGUGGCGGCGCGGACGCACACGCGCGUGCUGGCGCUGCAGAACGCUUACGAGCAGGACAACAUCAACGUGUACGACCAGUCGCCGGCGCUGGCCUCGGUGCUGCAGGACGCCGCGCCUGCAGACGCGCAGGACGAGAAGAAGCGCGCGGAGGACGCGUACCAGACGCUGUGGCCCGCGCUCGAGCAGGCGGCCGAGUGGCUCAAGCCGCGCGUGGAUCCGGCGCUGUGCUACGCGCACUUCGUCCUGGCCGAGUCGGAGCUGGGGGCGAACUUCAGGACGCAGGGCGGAGCCAAGACCGCGGCCGCCGCGCGCGUCACGCGACGUCUGGACCAGCUCCGGGACCGCGCGCGCAGCGACGGCCGCUUCCCCUUCGCGCUUAACGUGCCGGCGCCCGACGCCGACGCCGACAGCGUCACGUCCAGUGGCGACCUGCGCGUGGUGACGCCCGCGUGGCGCCGCUACUUUUCAGUGGUGGGGACCAACUACUUUUCGGGCCACGUGGCGCCGUCGCUCAGUCCUGGACAGGUGGAAGUCUUCGGCGUGCUCCACGUGGACGCUGGAGGACGCGCGGGGACAACGACGUCCGAGUCGGACGCGGACGCGGCCGAGAUGGUGUUCGACGUGCGCGAGCGCUGGAGACGCAGCAAGAGACAGCGACAGGUCAACGUGGCGCUCAACACGAGCGACUUCUACGGGCGCGAGUACCCAGGAUUCAGUCGGAGCCAAGUGCGGCAGGCGGUGGUGAAGCUCGAGUUGAAGCAGCAGCAGGCCGACAUGGCAGACGCGGACACGCUGCAGCACCCGUGCUAUCUAGCAGGUCAAACAACAGUGGUGGAAGGUGUGAACGUGACGGUGGGAGGCUCUGGUGACGCUGUCAAGUGCAUGACGCUGCUAGAGUCGCACGUAGCCUCGAGCAAUACCAACUGCCCGUCCCAAAACUUUUGCUUCCUGGGCAGCGCUCCGCAGCCUCAAGGCUUUGGAUCGUUUUACGCCUCGGGAGUGCUGAGAGAAGCCGUGAUCUCUGCGAAUCGAGUAUUGGAGUAUGCCGGUAACAAACAGGAGGAGAAUAAUUUAGCUCAGCUGCAGCUGCCCACGCCAACACUUCCAGCUCUCCAGGAUGCUGCCAAGAGUAUUUGCGCGCUGCCGUAUAAGGACGUAGUGGCUGGCGCAGCGUCAUCUCAGCUGUCUGCAACGGGAUCGUCCGCGCUCGGUUCUACCAUGGAAAACGAGAGGGAGCUGUGUCUCGAUCUGUGCUACACCAUUGUGCUCCUCCAGCGGAUGGGGGUCCAAGACGACGAUGAGCGCAUCCACUUCGUUGAGCAUUUUGAGAAGCAACCAGUUUUGUCGCGGCAUGGAUCCGGGGCGAACGCGGGGCGUAGCAGCCCACCGGAGUUGGUGGCGUGGCUCACGGGCGCCUUUUUGUACCUGGAGGCGCUGCAACGCAAGGUGACGUUCUCUAUAGAGUCCGAGCUGCUGGCCGAGCAGCUCAGCGCGGGGCUGCCUCUCGGCUGGAAUAUGAGUCUGCUGGUGUUCGUGGCGGCAGGCGUCUUCUUGUACUUUACGACUGGAGUUGUCGCUAAGCGAACAGGUCGGGGCUCCACCGGCUAUCGUCGUGUGAUAAAUGGUGGGGCCAAGGCAAAGUAUAAGGAUACGACGCAGUCUAUCGUAUUCGUCGACGAUGCUCGCGAG